AUGGAACCAUAUAUAUCCAAAGACCUCGUUCACACCAUCAUGAAACCGGGUGCCACGGCUCAAGAAUUAUGGACCCGACUUGAGGAGUUGUUUCAUGAUAACAAGCAUACUAGGGCAGUGUAUUUGGAGCAACAGUUUGCGCAUAUAAAACUCGAAUACUAUGCGAACAUGUCUGAUUGUUGUAAACAAAUUAAGCUACUUGCAGAUCAAUUAGCUAACGUUGAUUGCCCGAUAUCUGAUCGAAAGAUGGUUAUGAAACUCAUUGUCGGCCUCACCAAGGGUGAAUAUGAUACCGUGGCUACCAUUGUUUCGCAAUCCGAACCCACUCCGAGAUUCAACAAAGCAAGGUCCAUGUUUCUCUUGGAGGAGACUCGUCAAAAGAAACAAGAAGAGUCGAGCCAGCAGGCUCUCGUGGCUCAGACCUCGCAGGCCCAACCCUCGCCAUCUUCUUCAUUGACCAACCACCAGUCGACGACUGACCAGCAGCGCGAUGGUGGUGGCCGAGGUAAGGGUUGUGGGCGUGGGAAUAAUAACAAGCCCAAAGGCCUUGGCAAGGGCCGAGGGAACAACAACAAUAAUUAG